GAGGCUAUAAAUGCGCGGCCGCAGCCGGGCCCCACAGGAGCAGCCGCCUGGGGCGCGGGAGCUGCGGGACUGCGCAGCCGGGAUGAGCACCAGCGCGGGUGGCGGCGGCGGCGGCGGGGACAGCGGCAGCAGCAGCAGCUCACAGGCCUCCUGCGGGCCUGAGUCCUCGGGCUCCGAACUCGCUCCCGCCGCGCCGGCGCCGCGGAUGUUGCAGGGACUGCUGGGCUCCGAUGACGAGGAGCAGGAGGACCCCAAGGACUACUGCAAGGGCGGCUACUACCCCGUGAAGAUCGGGGACCUGUUCAAUGGGCGGUACCACGUGGUGCGCAAGCUGGGCUGGGGCCACUUCUCCACAGUCUGGCUCUGCUGGGAUAUCCAGCGCAAGCGCUUCGUGGCCCUGAAAGUGGUGAAGAGCGCGGGGCACUACACCGAGACGGCGGUGGAUGAGAUCAAGCUCCUGAAAUGUGUCCGAGACAGUGACCCCAGUGACCCCAAGAGAGAGACCAUUGUCCAGCUCAUCGAUGACUUCCGGAUCUCAGGGGUGAACGGAGUCCAUGUGUGCAUGGUGCUGGAGGUCCUGGGCCACCAGCUCCUCAAGUGGAUCAUCAAGUCCAACUACCAGGGCCUGCCCGUGCCAUGCGUGAAGAGCAUCGUGAGGCAGGUGCUGCACGGCCUGGACUACCUGCACACCAAGUGCAAGAUCAUCCACACAGACAUCAAGCCCGAGAACAUCCUGCUGUGUGUGGGCGACGCCUACAUCAGGCGCCUGGCCACGGAGGCCACAGAGUGGCAGCAGGCGGGGGCCCCGCCCCCAUCCCGCUCCACAGUCAGCACUGCCCCCCAGGAGGUCUUGACCGGUAAGCUGUCGAAAAACAAGAGGAAGAAAAUGCGGCGCAAACGGAGGCAGCAGAAGCGGUUGCUGGAGGAGCGGCUGCGGGACCUGCAGAGGCUGGAGGCCUUGGAAGCGGCAGCCCAGUCGGAGGAUGCAGGCUCGAGGCUAGAGGGGGGCAGCGGCUCCACCUCCUCUUCUGGCUGCCACCCUGGAGGGGCCAGGGCCAGCCCGUCCCCUGCCUCCUCCUCCCCUGCCGCAGGGGGAGAGCGCAGCCUCAGCCCAGGCUCCCAGACCUCAGGCUUCUCGGGCUCGCUUUUCUCGCCUGCCUCAUGCUCCAUCCUCUCAGGCUCCUCCAACCAGCGGGAGACCGGGGGCCUCCUGUCCCCCAGCAGUAAGUUGGCACCAUUUGGUGCCUCGAACCUCCUGGUGAAUCCCCUAGAGCCCCAAAAUGCAGACAAGAUCAAGAUCAAGAUCGCAGACCUAGGCAACGCCUGCUGGGUGCACAAGCACUUCACUGAGGACAUCCAGACUCGCCAGUACCGGGCAGUGGAGGUGCUGAUCGGAGCAGAGUACGGGCCCCCGGCCGACAUCUGGAGCACAGCGUGCAUGGCCUUCGAGCUUGCCACCGGCGACUACCUAUUUGAGCCUCACUCUGGAGAGGACUACAGUCGUGACGAGGACCACAUCGCCCACAUUGUGGAGCUUCUGGGAGACAUCCCCCCAGCCUUCGCCCUCUCGGGCCGCUACUCCCGGGAGUUCUUCAACCGGAGAGGACAGCUGCGGCACAUCCAGAACCUCAAGCACUGGGGCCUAUACGAAGUGCUCAUGGAGAAGUACGAGUGGCCCCUGGAGCAGGCCACACAGUUCAGCGCCUUCCUGCUGCCCAUGAUGGAGUACAUCCCCGAGAAGCGGGCCAGUGCCGCCGACUGCCUCCAGCACCCUUGGCUCAACCCCUAGGCCCCACGGGCACCAUGUGCGGCUUGAGGCAGGCCGGGAUCACCCUCAAGCCCCUCCCAGUGCCUUCAAGGAAAGCGGGACACCUCCUGCCCCCCCCAACUGCCCUCCUCCCCCCUACUGGGCGUCAGCUUCCUCCCGGCCCCACGGCAGGGCAGAGAGAUGCUGGAGCCAGGCCCAUGGUUCAGAACUCAUUCUGCCCCUAACCCUCUCCAAGGACCCCCAGUGGGAAGCGUGCGCAUUUCUUUUCUUAAUAAAGUGUGAACUGAAACGUCGGCA